AUGGAAGCUCCAGCGAACGUUGCUGUAACGGGCGUCACAACUAGCUGCCUUGGCCAGAGUUCAGCGGAUGCUGAGCACGAUAAUCAAGUCGCAGCAGCGCAAAGCAAUGACGCAGAAGAGGAUAAUGAUGACGACGAUGAUGCUCCAAGAGACUUGCCACAUGAGACAAACAACGAAAUUAGCGAAAUAACCACAACAAUAGCAACAGCUGCAGGUGGAGCAGCACCUAAACACCAGACAUUGCUAACGACCAAAUCAUGCGAGACGCCUGUUGCAGCUGGAGCGGGUGCAACACUAUCGCCGAGCAGUUCGUGCAACGGCAGCAUUGGCAGCGAUGGCAGCUGCAGCGUUGGUGGCGGUGCGCGUCGCAAGUCGUGGACACUGUCACCGCAAAGCGCCAGUUCCAAGAGGAAGACCAAAUCAAUUGCGUCCAAUGGCGAUAGCUUUAAUUUGUGGGUGGCACGCGAAUGCUUUGAGACGGUGCCCGCUGAAAUGGUCGACACGCUCACCGUUGCCGAGCUGCAGGAGCAACAAGAGGACGAGCAGCUGGAGGGGGAAGAGGAGCCGCCUCAUCACAAUCAUGAUCAUCACGAGGCUGAUGACGAUGAUGUGGAUGAAGAAGCCGCCGCCGUUGAGAGUCUACUGGACGCUGCAGCAGCUCUGCAAGCCAGUGCUUAUAUCAACUCCGCAUCUGGUUCGGGAUCGGGAGCACUGGGUCGUCAAAAGCAUAAUAAUAAUUUGCGACAGCCGCCGGCACAGCAUCGUCCGUUGGAGCGUUCGUGGCCGCCACGUGCCAUCGGAUGCGAACUCAAGCUGCAUGGUGACGUGUUUAAGUUCGACAUACUCGAUACGGAUGAGCGACUCCAUGCGGACGAGGCGCCCAGCUACAGCGGCGCCUGCACCAACAGCAACAGCUCGCCAUUACGUCUGCCUGGACCAGGACUCGGACUCGGAUCCGGACCCGGAUCCGGUUCUGGACUGGCGGAAGCCAGUCCACCUCCGAUGCGCUUUAAGCCGCUAAUACAGAAGAAGAUUGGACCCGAUAGUUACAUCAAUACGAUUAGCACCCAAAAGCAUCGUCCCCUGACACGAGCCCUCUCCAAUGGCAAGGGCACCACAGAUGAACCGCAUCAUCUGGUUAGCAGCAGUAGCUGCAACAAUUCUCCACGACUGUUGCUAUCCCCGAAGCGCCAGCGUAGUCCACCCUCGGGUUGUUCCACACGCAGUGUAUCUCCACUGGAUCUCAGUCUGAGUCCAGAGCAGCAUUCGCCAACGCGUGGACGUGGCGUUGGUGGCUUGGACUCAAUGCUGCCACUGCCAUUGGCACCACCGCCACCUGGCACGCCUACAUUUCAUGCUCAGCGUCCACAGCAGAGGCUAUUGAAACGUGUGGGUGGCGGUGGUGGUGGUGGUGGGACAGGAGCAGGAGGAGGUGGAUGUGGUGCACCUACUACUGGACUCAUCUGUCCGCCAACGCCAACACAUCAUGCACGGCGACAUGCGCGUCUGCAGGCCGUCACUGCCAACUCCGUACCGGAGUGCAACUCUAGUCAACUGCAGACGCCGCCCGGUUCGCCAGCUCCUGGAGUAGUCGCCGCUGCUGCUGUUCUGGAUGACAACAAUGAAAUGCUGCACAUUAGCAGCACUCGUCUGCCCUCCAUACCCGAACGUACUGCAGCAGCAGCUGCAGCCGCCGCCGCUGCAGCUGCCGCCGGUGCUGGCAUUGUGGAUGGCGGCAAUGGUGCGAAUGGAGCAUGUGUGGGAGAGCCACCAUUGCCACCGGCAUGGGAGGCGCGCAUGGAUAGUCAUGGUCGUAUAUUUUAUAUUGAUCAUACAACGCGCACCACAUCGUGGCAGCGUCCGGGUGGUCCCAGUACUGGGCCCGGCGGACGCGAGCAGCAUCAUCGCCAGCAGCUGGACAGACGCUAUCAGUCCAUACGGCGCACCAUCACUAAUGAGAAUCGUCUGUCCAUGCAUACCGUCGAGCCGUCCACGGGCCACGCCCACAAUCAGCUAUAUAAUCUGCCUCUGCUGCUGCUCUGCCGUCCAGACUUUUACUCGCUGCUUCACACAAAUGAGGCGGCGCUGGCCAUUUACAAUCGCAACGCGGCACUGAAACACAUGGUGAUGCGGAUACGUCGCGAUCCUCAGUGCUUUCAGCGCUAUCAGUACAACAAAGAUUUGGUGGCGCUGGUCAACACAUUUGCGCAACUGAGUCGUGAGUUGCCCUCCAGCUGGGAGACGAAAAUCGAUCAGUCCGGCAAACAGUUUUUCAUCGAUCAUCAGCAUCGCAAGACCUCCUUCAUGGAUCCCCGCCUGCCCGUCGAGUGUCCCCGUCCGCAACCGGAUUUGGUUGAUGGCAACUGCCUGUCGGCCACCAGUGGCCACAUUAACUCCAACUUCAGUUCCAGCAGCAAUGCGACGGCUUCGGUUUCGGGCGUGCCGCCCCUGCCCCCGCCACGUCCCUGUCGCGGCAGUGCCAGUCAAACGGCAGCAGCAGCAGCAGCUGCAGCACAUAAUUGCACCACGACGGCGGCCAUUGCCUGCGCCUUGAGUUUGAGCGGUGGCGCCGCCGGCGGCCCCAGCACCAGCGGAGCCCAUGCCCAGUCUGGCUAUGAGGAUGUUCCCAUUGCCUACAACGAAAAGGUCAUUGCAUUUCUGCGACAACCCAACAUUCUGGAGAUUCUACGAGAACGUCAGGGCCAACAUACUGUGUCCCGUUCGUUGCGCGAAAAAAUUAACAUACUACGAGUUGAGGGCGUGCCCGCCUUGGAGCGUCUUGGCCAUGAUCUGCAAUUGACCAUUUUACUUAGGUAA